AUGGCCUGGGCUGAUUUCACGGUCGGGAGGACUCCUUUCAGAACCGAAGUCCUUGGACCACUCCCGACAGCGGAUAACAAUGACGAUGCCAACUUAACUUCAGAGGGUGGGCCGUAUGAGAAGCCCAUCGGUAAAUGUACCUUUGAUGAUUCUGGGUCUCUGAUUGGUUGUACAUGCCACACUGACGCCCUGCUGUUCGACGGUAGCCGUUCGGAUAAAGUUAUCCAUGCAGCGGUCUGUGUUGACGUUUGUUUGGUUGGGAAAAGCGAAGACUGUCCGAAGCCUCCUACUGGACGGGCACAAUGCAAACCUCCUAAAGCAUGCAGUAUCGGAUGCAACAAUGAUAAG